CGAUCGAUGGCCUGCGCGCGGCGACGAAUAUCGAGACGGGCUGCCACGCCCAGGCAGGUCUCGGUCCGCAUCUGGCUCGCGCUGGCGAUGCUUCCCCUUGUCUGGUGCGGGCGAGAGUGUGGGUGCGCUCGCUGCAUGCUCAGCCUGGGGCUCCGUGUCGCCAUGCGUGUCGACGGCGCGCGCGGGGCUGGUGGGGAGGGUGGGGUCGCGGGCGGGGAGUUGGAGGGGAGACAUGCAGCGGGGGCGGGGAGGCGGAGAGGCUGAGGGAGGGCACACGCAGGCAGCCCA